AUGGCCAGACUCAGUGCUGACACCAGAGAUAUUCCAAUAGGAGGCAGUGUGACUCUGACCUGCUCAGUGACGCCAUCAUCUGGAUGGAAAUACUACUGGUACAGAGAUGAGAAGUCCUCUGAACCUCUGACCACACAACAUGCUGGUUUCUAUUCAAAUGGACAAAUGAGAGUCUCACAGGAAGGACUGUACUGGUGCAGAGGAGGAAGAGGAGACCCAGUUUACUACACAGAGUACAGUGAUUCAGUCAGGAUCAAUGAAAACGUUCCAAACAAGGUGACUGUGACUCUCCAACCCAACUGGCCUCAGAUCUACAGAGGAGAGGAGAUUACUCUCAGAUGUGAGAUCCAUGGAGGAGACAGUGAGUGGGAGUAUGAAUGGAGAUCUACCAGUUCAUACAAGCCUCCAAAUCUAAAUGAGUUCAGGAUUAAAUCUGAUUCUUCACUCCACACUGGAGACUACAAGUGUAAAGGUAGAAUGAAAAGUGAACAACAGUCUUCAACAGAGUGGAGUGAUUCCUUCAGAUUGACUGUAUUCAUCAGUAAACAACCUGUCCUCUCUGUGUCUCCAUCAUGGCUGAGUCCUGGAGCCUCAGUAACUCUGAGCUGUGAGGUUGAACAUCCAUCUGCAGGAUGGAGGUUUUACUGGUAUAAAGCUGUUCCUGAUCUAUCAUAUCAGUAUCUAUACAAAAACGAUGAGCUGCUUCCUGGUAGCAUCAAUGGAACUGAACAAGAUUCCUACAUCAUUGAUGGACAGACACACACAGCAGGAUAUGUGUGUAGAGCUGGAAGAGGAGAGCCAGUAUUUUACACUGAUUACAGUGAUCUUCAGUUCGUCUGGUCUGGAGGUCAGUUUACAGUGAAUCCUGACAGAGUGCAGCACUUCACCUCUGACUCUGUCUCUCUGAGCUGUGAGGGAAACUCUACUGAGUGGAGAGUGAGGAGGUUUACUGAUGAUGGCGUCCUGUCACACUGUUCUACCUGGGGGACAAUGACUGGAUCAACAUAUGAAGGUCUGAUGUAUGAACAGGUUCUCUUCCAUAAGAAAGGUAAAGCCAAGAGAGACAAAGGUCCAUUAAGAGAGCACAACAACACACUCAUCCAAAAUGAUACCAGAGAGGAGCUGAUCAUCUCUGCAGUAUCAAAGUCAGAUGAAGGCUUCUACAAGUGUGAACAUUCAGGAAAACAAGCACCACAGAGUUGGAUGGCUGUUAAAUUAGCUGCUCCAGGAGCUCAAAGUUCUUCUUUCCCUGUUCCUCUGAUUGCUGGACUUCUUUGUGGGGUCAUACUCAUCGUCCUCCUGCUCUUGUUGUAUCGAUGCAGACCACGGCCCAAGGAUUCAUGCUUUCACAGGUCGACUCCAGUCAGACAGAAUGAAACCCUGAACAACACAUAUCCCCCCCAGGGUGAUGCUGACAUCUAUGACAUGAUCAAACACAAUACUGCAAAUGACGGAGAAGAUGUUACCUACACUUUCAUUAAACUCAAAAACAUUGGAAAGAAGCGGACGCAUCGUAAACCAGAGGACAGGGUUGUUUAUGCUGACGUGUAUACAAAAGGAGCAGAGAAGAAGCAGAAACCAGAGGAGAGCUGUGUUUACUCUGCUGUGAAGACUGGAUCAUCUCCAGAUGACGGUCUGAUGUAUGAACAGGUUCUCUUCCAUAAGAAAGGUAAAGCCAAGAGAGACAAAGGACAAUCAGCUCCCGCAGCAGCUGAUGAAACAUUUUAUUCUGAAAUCAAACCAGGAACAUCUCAUGCAGCAUCCAGGCCUGAGAGCCCUCAUUUUCCUGUGCCACUGAUUAUUGGGUUGGUUUGUGGAGUAAUACUUUUAAUUCUCCCGCUGCUGUUGUGCUGCUACAGGAAGUCAAAAGGUAAGACUAUUUAAAAUGUAAUUACUUAAAUAAAUUAUUACUUAACUUUUCUCUUUGAGGAGCAUACAUCACAAUCAACUGAUUUGUUACUUCAAAUGAGCCUCAAUCUAACAGUUUAUAGAGACUGGGUGGACAGCUGAAAAAAAGAAGUCAGUGAUGAAACCUAGUGACUAGACUCCACUGGUUCCACAGUCAAGCCUGUGAGAAAACUAUCCUCAUUUGAUGGUAUGUGUUAUUAUGGUUGGAGGAUUGCAACAUAAAGUGGACACAUUAUUACAAAAAUUAAAACUUUAUUCUGUGAAUUUCAUUGACACACUACAGAUGACAAAAAAAAAAUACAAGAAAAAUACACUUGCACUGCCUUGUCAAGGCCACUAGGGUGCAGUGAGGUAAAACUAUCUGUACUUGAAGAGUUUCCAUCAUAUUAAGGUGUACUGUGUCCUCUGGUUUUCUGUCAAACCUUCCAAAAAUGCAAAUAUUUAAAGUGAUUCUACACAAACUACGGGUAAAGUCACACAGUCUAGGACCCAAAAACACAGAAACCUGAUCAUUAAGCUGCCAAAGAUGACUAUGAUUAUGAGGAAUUAGUGAGUCGCAGGAUGUCGCAAACUCUUUGACUGACCUAAACAUAUUUCGUGUGUUCAUUUCUGUUUAUGAACCAGGGAUGAGUCAUGUUCACUCCGAUGUGAUCACUGAAUCACCUGCAGGUAUGAGGUUAAGCACAACUCUUGUUCCCACACAAAUGCUUUAGUUUACAUUUUAGUUUCUUAGAUAAAAUCUAUACGUGAAGAAUUUUAAAUGAAUCAUCUCUCCAUUCUCAGGAAACCCAUCUGCCACUUUCAUGGAGGAAACGGUUUAUUCUGAUGUCAAAGCAUAGGAACAGCUCUUGGUAAUAAUUCUGGGAAAGCAAUUAUCUGUUAAAUAAUCCUUUAUCUGAGUUGUCUUUUACUUUUCAUUUUGUAAUGAAUGGUUUCUUUUGGAUUUCUGAGACUUGGCUCCUAAUGUAAAUAAAACAGCUUUCGUGUCA